AUGGAUUAUUUAAUGAAAUUCAUUCAAAAGUCUCUUUUAAAGGCAGAGUUUUUAUGGACUAAAUCAACUUAGAUUCAAAAGCAAAGCAAACAUCUCAAGCAUUUCCAUAAGAAGCCUUCAGAGUAGUUAUUUUUUUAGUUGAAAUAUAGAUAAUUACAUCAAGAAUAAGUUGAGUAAUACCAAAAGAUAAUUAGGACAAAACAGAAAAUAGAAGCUGAAAAUCCAUUGAGGAAUAAAAUGUAUCCCGAGGAGAACUUCAUUGAUGCAUUUUAUAGCUCUCAAAAAGAGGGAUUUUUCGAUAAUAACAAAUAUAAAUUGCACACUUAUAGAUUCAAGGCUUUUGAAUAACCUCCUAAGGCUAUAUGCGUUAUUUUCCAUGGAAUGAAUUGGCAUUCGAAUUUAUUGGCUCAUAUCGCAGAAGAUUUAGCUAAAAACCAGAUUGAAGUAUGUGCCUAUGAUUUCAAGGGCUAUGGUAAAAGUUAAGGUCUUAGAGGGUACAUGCCUGAUAUUAAAAGACACAUUGAGGAUGCUCACCAAUUUAUUGCAGAAGUUCAAAAGAUUUAUCCUGAUAAACCUUUAUUUUUAUGUGGAUUUUCAUUGGGAGGACUCACAGCUUUUCAUUUAGGAUUGGAAAAUAGAGAAAAGUUUAAGGGAAUUGUAUUCUUUGCUCCUGCUUUGAAAGACCACCCAUAUUAUCAGAGAUACCCUAAAAUAUUUGGCAGAUUUAUUGGUAGACUGUUUCCUAAAAUGAAAGUGACUCCUACUAAUAAAGGUAGAAGUUCAGCUCAGAGAAAUAAAGUAGUUGACGACUAUUUAUUUAAAGUGGAUGAGUUAUACUAUAAAGAAGGAUUAAGAGCAGGAACCAUAAGAUCAAUAAUAGAGUCUAUGAUGGAUACUGAAUUUCUCUACCAUGAUUUCGAUGUCCCUUUUUUACUCUUCUAGGGUGGUCAUGAUAAGCUUGUUGACCCAUCAUUAGCAAGCUAGCUUAUAGAAUAAUCCCCUUCUUAAGAUAAAUAAAUAAUAUAUGACCAUAAUCUUUGGCAUGGGAUACCUCUAGAGCCUGAAAUCGAUGAAUACAUGAAGAUAGUUGUAGACUGGAUUCAUAAGAGAGUUUGA